GAAAAGUCAUCAUUUUUUUCUUCCUCCCGAAGACACGACGAAGAUGAAUCCUUCUUACGGUGGCGACGAGAAGCAACGACCGGCGAUGUAUCCCCAAGUUGAUCAAUCCAUUCCUGAUAAUCCUUUCGCUCACACAAAUCCUUACGUCUCUUCUUCCCCUUAUCUCUAUCCUUCUCUAUCCUCGCACAAUCUCGGACCUAAUCUCUUCCCAGACCACGGAGAUUCAUCCAACGACCAGUCACCGUCUGCUCCACCACAGGCGACGGAGGAGGUUCUCAUCCGUGUCCCCGGCGCUAUUCUCAACCUUAUCGACAAAUCAUACAGCGUUGAACUCGCGUGCGGUGAUUUCACCAUCGUUCGAAUUAUCCAGGGGGGAAACAUUGUCGCGGUUCUAGCCAAUGUUGGGAACGAGAUUCAAUGGCCGUUGACGAAGAAUGAAGUUGCAGCGAAGGUUGAUGGAUCACACUAUUUCUUUUCAAUUCAUCCGCCAAAGGAGAAAGGUCAAGGAUCUGGGUCCGAUUCAGAUGAUGAACAGGGGAAAAAGAGUAAAUCGAAUUCGGAUGAUGAUAUUCUCAAUUACGGAUUGACCAUUGCUUCGAAAGGGCAAGAAAACGUAUUACUUGUGCUUGAUCAGGUUUUGCGAGACUAUAGUUGUUUCACAGAGCAGAAGAUGUCUGAAAAAGCUAAGGAGACGGGAGGGGAAGUGCUGGGAAAUUCAGUGGUGGCGGAGACUUCGCCGGAGGAGCUUAAGGGUGAGAGAAAGGAUGUUGUGGAAGGUCAAUGUGCGGCGUAUUGGACAACACUUGCGCCUAAUGUUGAGGAUUACACUCACAGUACUGCUAAAAUAAUAGCUUCUGGGUCAGGUAAGCUGAUCAGAGGGAUACUGUGGUGUGGGGAUGUAACUGUGGAGAGACUCAAGAAGGGAAAUGAGGUUAUGAAGAAUAGGUUAAGUCGUGCUGAGAAGGAGAAGAAUGUUAGCCCUGAGACACUUAGGAGAAUCAAGAGGGUUAAGAGAGUGACACAAGUGACAGAGAAAGUUGCGACUGGUGUUCUUUCUGGUGUUGUCAAAGUCUCGGGAUUCAUCACUGGUUCAGUGGCAAACUCAAAAGCUGGAAAGAAACUUUUUGGUCUCUUGCCAGGAGAGAUUGUUCUCGCAUCCCUGGAUGGAUUUAGCAAGAUCUGUGAUGCUGUUGAAGUGGCUGGGAAAAAUGUAAUGUCGACUUCAUCAACUGUCACAACAGAACUCGUCAAUCACAGGUACGGCACAAAAGCAGCAGAGGCAACUAACGAAGGGCUAGACGCAGCAGGACAUGCAUUUGGAACGGCAUGGGUUGCGUUCAAGAUCCGAAAGGCAUUUAACCCCAAAAAUGUCAUAAAGCCUUCAUCAUUGGCCAAGUCCGCUGUUUCGGAUUUAAAGGCUAAGAAAGGCUCCAAGUAAACAGCCUUACUUCAACUGUUCAUCUAUACUUGCAUUUAGUUUUUCCUUUUGGAAAAGUAUAUUAAGAUUGACUCAUGUACAACUCUAUAUUUAGUGUUCUGUGUAUAUUGUGAUUCUAUGUAAACUAUAUAAACAGUUUCUUCUAAU